ACGUGGACGCAAGUACUGUACGUACCCUGGUUCCCGAGUCAGCUGACCCGAUGCCAUCCAAACAACAAUGGCCAAGGUCAACCUUAAAAGGCACACCUCAAACGAGUGAGCAGUACUGUACAAAGUACUUGUGGCCAUGUGGGUACUAACCCACCGACCACGCGUCUACGCAUUUCGAGACAAUGAUAUUUUCCCUUACAGAGUACAGUACCGAGUACAUACAAGCCAGUGGUCGGGGAAACGACGAGGUCUGGAUGGGUGAGAUCUACUACUUCGCCAUCAGCCUGGAUCCAUAUAGAUUCGAGAUUCAAGAUUCAAGAUCCCACGAAAAGUCACCAGGCAAAACCUCCUCUCGGCAGAAGAAGGGACGAAAAAGCAAAUUGGGAGGCUGUAAGUGGUUCAAUUUGUGAAGCUUCCUUCAGCACGAACGAAAAAGGCCCGCGGCGGUCCAG